UCGCCGUAGAAUGAACUUAUAAGGUUUACCGUAAGAUUUAACUAUAUUAUGGGUUCACUAUUGAGUACUAAAUGUUCUUCUAAUAACAGACUUGAUGGAAAAGUUGCAGUUAUUACCGGAGCUAAUACAGGAAUAGGUAAAGAAACUGCAAAAGACUUUUACAGAAGAGGGGCUACUGUGAUAUUAGCGUGUAGAAAUUUGGAAAAAGCCAAUGAAGCCAUGGACGAUAUAAAGAAGAAUUUUACACACAGUACAAAUUUGGGCGAAAUUAGAAUUGUAGAACUAGAUUUGAGUAGCCUAGAAUCAGUUCGCGCUUGUGCGAAACAAUUACUGGAUACUGAAGAGGAAAUAAAUAUUUUAAUAAAUAAUGCUGGUAUUAUGAUGAGCCCUUAUAAUAAGACUAAGGAUGGUUUUGAAUUGCAUUUUGCCACUAAUUAUCUGGGCCAUUUUCUGCUUACCAUAUUGUUAUUGCCAAAAAUUUGUAGAUGCGCUCCUGCAAGAAUUAUUAAUGUAUCUUCAGUGUUACAUUGGAUAUUUGGAGGAAUAGAUUAUUCCGAUGUUCACUUUGAUAAGCGUAAAUACCUAGCACUUCAUGCUUACCAACAAAGUAAAUUAGCAAAUAUUUUAUUCACCAAAGAAUUGGCAAAGCGAUUGUCAGAAAAUAGCAUAACUGGAGUAAAUGUGUACUGUCUUCAUCCAGGAAUUAUACGUACCGAACUCUCAAGACACUUGAAUUCCAUAUUUCCAGGCUUAACAUGGAUAUAUGACAGUUUUGGAGCCAUAUUUUUCAAAAAUUCUCUACAGGGAGCACAAACUCAAAUAUAUUGUGCAGUAAGUGAUGAAUGUGCUCACGAAACUGGACUGUACUAUUCAGAAUGUAGGCCAACAUGCUGUUCUUCAAGUGCUCGUGACUCGGAAAGUGCUGAGAAACUGUGGCAUAUAAGUCUCAAGUCAGUUGGAUUUGAUCCAAAUACGAAUGUAUUUCAAAUAUGAAUGAUUUGAUUAUUGAUCGCAAAUUACAUUGAUUUUAUCUAUCGCCAGCAGCUAUUCUAUGCUUUGAAAUUAUAUCAGACAUAUUUCAGGUGAUAUUCUGAAAAAUGAACAAGAAUAUAUAAAUAAUAACCAUGAAUAAAACCCCCUAGUCAUAUUUUUUUAAUUAUUUAGGUAAAGUUAGUUUGAAUAGUUUGACGAAAACAGACAUGUUUUGCUUCAACCAGAGUAAUAAUGUAAAAUUAUCCAAUACAGAUUGAUAGCAUUUCUUGUACUAAACAAAUGAAUCAAACAAAGUAAACAGUUUACCUCAAUCUCUGAAAUCUAUAGCUUGUUUAUCGACAACCAACGGUUCCAAAACUUCCGACUCAAUUUCGUUACUCUCACAUCAAAAAAUCUGUGGUAUUCCAGGACAUGGUGGAAGAACCAUUCGGAGCGUUUCGUAAUAAUAAACUUCUUCCAGAUAAAUCUGUAUAUAGUCCCCGGCGCCUUCGGUUAACUUUAGAUUGUUCCCCUGACGCACGAAGGAGAGUAAAAUAUUCAAGUGAACGUAUGUCACACCACACCGCUUCAAGAGUCUUUGAGAAGGGUCACCACACAUUCCAAAUCCUUCAGACUAAGCAGCCUCACCUCGUUUCCACUUAUAAUGAUGGGCAACUACAUUGGAACAGAGAUUCUGAAGUGGAAACCAUCCAGGCAAAUUCGCAUACCAAACAGACAAAUUUUGCGGAGACUGCACGGUUACAAUUGACAACAGGAAUUCAAACAAUGAAAACGUAGCCUUCUUAGACAUAGAAAGCGCUUUUGAUAAUACUCCACAUCUAACAACUUCCAGAUGGCUGGCAUAAGUACUAUCUACUAAAACAGCAGAAAUGGGCAAGACACCAUUUCAAUUACUGCUAACAGGGGAUACCCACGAGGUGGAGUCGCAUUCCUACAUGGAGCUUAGUAGUACAUGAACUGUGAUGCGAGCUGACUAAACUUGGCAUAUGCUUUUAAGGCAGAUUUAUAAACCAUACAAUUAUCAUAAAAAAAAUGUUCGUGUUCCCCGAUUGGUGAGGGACCAAUAUAUCUUUUUAUUACAAUUUGAACAAAAAAUGUCAUGAAAUAUCUUAGUACAUUUAUUAUUUGGAGUUCUUUGUUUAAUUUUAGGAAAGGCAGAUUGGAUUGUGAGGAUUUGUUGUAGAACUGUUAGACAUAUAUUUAAGCGAACAUUGCUAAAGUGAUAUCACAUCCAAAUCUAAGAGAACGUAAUUCUUUAGUUUGAAAAUGUUACUAUAUCAGUAAAUUUUGGGAGAAACUUUGUUAUAAUUAUAGUGAAAAUUUCAGUCAACUGAAGAGUUUCAAUUGAACUGUUUAUUUCUGCUACAAUUGGCAAGAAUAUUGCUGUAAAAAAAAACUCUCAUACGACCCCUCGUUUCUUAGUUAUAGAACUUAUAUUUAAGUAUAUUUUCUAAAUUAUACAGUCGAACAUUAUGAAUUUUUAAUGGAUGAUUACGUACACCAUGUAGUGUGUUGGACGGAAUAAAUAAUUCUACACUAGCAUCUGAAGGCCAGGGGCUGCUCAGACCUAAUGGUUUUGUAACUUUUACAGGGACAACAACAAUCUACAGAUAGCAACCAUUAGUUUUUUUUGCAAUCGAUUUUUUAACAAAAAGGUAACUCGAUAAAAUUUAUGUUUUAAAAGAUAUCUAGAUUUUUAGAUCGUUAUACAUGUCAAGGAAACCGUUCGACAUAAAGAAACAACUAUUAAUUGUAUCAAAUUAAUAAUAAAAGUUUCUAACAAAGGUACUAAGUAGAAAUAAACAAACCAUAACGGUAUUUCUGAGAGCUAAUAUUGAUGAAAAAUUCAUAAACCGACAUUAUCAGUUGAGCACUUCAAUUGAAGUUAUGACUAUUUGGUUAACUGAAAUUUGAACAAAAUCUAAUAAUCAUAACAAUGAUUACGCCUUGUUAAAUAUGAACUCUCCACAUGUAAGCUCCCACAUCGAGCAAGGAACCUGCAUACAUUCACUUUUUUUUUAAUGUAUGUCUUAAUAAUUUAUAACAAUUAAGAACUCGUAGAAUAAUAAGCACUGAUAGGAUAAGUUAAAACAUAUCAUAACAUGAAUAUUAGGCUGUGAACCGAGAACGUGUACUUUCUUGGAAGGUUGAAAGUUGAAAAGUGGUGGUGUUAGCAUUUACAAGAUUGAAUUUAUAAAGGAGCGUGCCAAAAGGGAGCAGGGUAAUAUUGGAAAUAUUCUGAAGGGGCGAUUAUGCGAUUAUUUACAAUCAUGACGUAUAAAUGAUUGCCUACCUGAUAAGUUUGGUUCACAGGUAUAAUUGUGAUUUGAAAACUUGAGAUUACUUUUUUUUUAAAUAAAUCCAAUCUGAAUUUUAUGAAAAAA